CCUCAACACACCAUCCUUCUGCACCCAACAGAACCAUACAUCAACACCAUCCGUCGCACUUGCAAAAAUGGCAGACUUCCCCAAGCCUAACGAGGCAUUCAACCCAAAUGCGUAUCGCAGCCAGGCUGCAUACAAUGCCUGACGCGGCGAGUCCAAGAAGCAGCAGCCGUCGAAGUCGCAGCAUUCCCGUCCGAAGCAGCAUUAUCGCCCGAAGUCUCAGCAAUCUCAGUCCAAGCAGCAUCGUACCUCGACCUCGAAGAAGCAGGGCGACGAUACUGAUGCCCCGCACUACAUGACCGAUGAAGAGGUCAAACAGUGGUUCCUCGACGCCGAUCGUGAGUACGAGGAAAAGAAGAAGGCUGGCUACCACAAGAACUAUGUCCCGGCAGGAGGCCAUACUCCCGACUUUAGCUCCUUUAUUCGCGCCCAUAGUCGUCCCCAGCGUACCACUGGUAUGGAGAACUCUAUGUAUGCUCCCAAGCCGCCAAAGCCUGGUCAAUCCUCCAAGGAGGUCGCGCCGUUCCACCGCGAUAUUUACCGGAGUAUGGCUGCGUACAACGCGAUGCUAAAGACCAAGAAGGAACAGCCGGAGGUUCCUCUGCAGCCCCACACCCUAAAGGAGUCCAACUUUCCGACUCUCGAGCCAUUCAACUGCAAUGCUUACCGGAGCAUGGAUUCGUACAACGCGAUGCUGAAGACCAAGAAGGAGCGGUCGUGCCCUUGCGCCUGGUAG